AUGGAGACGUCAUACGGCGAGAAGCCGGUCACGAAAGCCAGCCCCGGCUCCAUCCACGACGCCCCCGAGCUUGGCGACUCCGGCAGCAGUCACCUGAGCGAGAGCAACCUCGACGGCUUGCAACGCCGCCUCAACAACCGCCAGAUCCAGCUCAUCGCCAUCGGCGGCUCCAUCGGCACCGCCUUGUUCGUGAGCAUCGGCAAUGGCCUCGCCCUCGGUGGCCCCGGCAGCCUGCUCCUCGCCUAUACCCUCUAUCCCUUGGUCCUUGCCUGCGUCAACAACUCCAUCGCCGAGAUGACCGUGCUCAUGCCCGUCUCGGGCGGCUUCAUCCGCCUGGCCGGCCACUGGGUCGACGACGCCUUCGGCUUCAUGGCCGGCUGGAACUUUUUCCUCUACGAGGCCCUGUUGAUUCCCUUCGAAAUCACCGCCCUCAACUUGGUCCUCUCCUUCUGGGAGCCCAGGAUGAAGGAGCCCGGCCCAACCGCCGGCGUCUGUGCUGCCGUCAUCCUCUGCUAUGCUGCUCUCAACAUCCUUGCCGUGCGUUCGUAUGGUGAAGCCGAGUUCUGGCUCUCGGGAGGAAAGGUCGUCCUCAUCUUCAUGCUCUUCUUCUUCACCUUCGUCACCAUGGUCGGCGGCAACCCCCAGCACGACAGCUUUGGUUUCCGUUACUGGACCAAUCCCGGCGCCUUUGCCGAGUACCACACCACGGGCUCGUCCGGACGCUUCGAGGGUUUCCUCGCGAGCCUCUGGAACGCCGCCUUUGCCGUCGUCGGCCCCGAGUACAUCUCCAUGGUGGCUGCCGAGGCCCAGCGCCCGCGACUGUACAUCAAGACGGCCUUCAAAACCAUAUACUGGCGGUUCGGCAUUUUCUUCUUCGGCAGCGCCCUCGCCGUCGGCGUCCUCGUCUCCUACAUGGACCCCAAGCUCCAGGCCGUCGUCAAAGGCGAGGCCGAAACCGGCACGGCCGCCGCCUCACCCUACGUCAUCGCCAUGCAGAACAUGGGCAUCAGCGUCCUGCCGCACAUCGUCAACGCCCUCAUGUUCACCUCCAUCUUCUCCGCCGGCAACACCUACACCUACUGCGCGACCCGCUCGCUCUAUGGCCUGGCCCUCGAAGGCAGAGCCCCUCGUGCCCUGCGGAAAUGCUGGAGCAAUGGCAUCCCCAUCUACUGCUUCUGCGUCGUCAUGCUGUUCCCCCUGCUGUCCUUCCUGCAGGUUGCCAACGGCUCCGCCAAAGUCCUCGACUGGCUCAUCAGCCUCAUCACCGCCGGCGGCAUCAUCGACUAUCUCGUCAUGUCCAUCACCUUUCUCUUCUACUACCGCGCAUGCCAAGCCCAGGGAGUCGACAGAAAAUCACUGCCAUACUAUGGAUGGGGCCAACCGUACUGCGCCAUCAUUGCUCUCGUCAUCCAGACUCUCGUCGUCAUCUUCUACGGCUACGCAUCCUUCACGCCCUGGAAAGUCGACAGCUUCUUCCGCCACUACACCAUGCAGCUUGUCGCUCCCGUUUUGUUCUUUGGCUGGAAGUUCUUCAAGGGCACCAAGAUGGUCCGUCCCCACGAAGCCGACUUGGUCUGGGAACGGCCCAUCAUCGACAGUUACGAGGCGGGGCUUCAUGACGAGCCUGUUGGCUUCUGGACGGAGCUGGGCCACCUCGUUGGCGUCCGGCACGAGAAGAAGCAGUCCGAGGGUAGUGCUUGA